AUGGGAGGGAAAAAAGUUAGUCCAACUCCAAGAACCACCCGAGAGGUCACAGGAGAGGUUCCCAUGGCGACAAGUGUGGCAGUGUACAAUGAGGGUGAGCGAGGCGAGAAGGAGGGAAAGGCAGGGAGGGAGCGGGAAGCUGGCCACAAGGAGCAGAAAGUGGGAGAGUGUGAGUCUGUGAGAGAGCAGGCAAGUUGGGAGUGUGAGAAUCGCUCCUGCCCUCUGUCUUCACGCGGGGCUGGCUGCAUGUGUGUGCCUGUGUAUGCGUGCACCGCCUCUCCGUGCGCUCUCUCUCUGACACACUCGGACGUGCGCACACAGAGAGUGCGAGGGGGAGAGAGGGAGUGCGAGGGGAACCAACACAUCGCAGCCGAGAUGCAGCAGGAGGGUUUCAGAGACUGCGACAGCUGGUCAUGGUGUCGGAUGGGAAGAUGUGGGAUCCCAUCCUUGCAGGACGGUCUUAUUGCAGCCCCACUCCCCCUGUCUCUGUCAUCUCCCAGCCACCGUCGCAGUUCCUCCUCUUCCUCCUCUCCUUCUCCACAACGGCGGCGUCAAACCUCCAAAUGCUCAGACGAGGGGGCGCUAUGGAAACUGGAUUCAACUACAGAUGUUAAACACAGGCCUUUUAAGCCUCCCAGGCGUGACAGCUCUCCGUCCUCCUCUCCUUCCUCCUCCUCUUCUCCAAUGACUGCACAAACACUCAUGAGAAAAGACAUUAAAUCCCUGCUUCCACUCAAGUGCUCCAAACUCAGCACAGAUACUCCGUUUCAUAGAUCACCACCAAGGUCUUCCAGCGGGGCAUCAGAGGGCUGUUACGAUGGGGGCCUAUGGGAUGAGCGACACAAACUUCCCAAUGGGUCUGCCUCUCAGACGGCUCAGAUCCUCUUCAGCUUGGGCUCAGUCUAUAACAGGCCAAGGGGCACAGAGGGGAGAGAGAAAAUCAUCAGAAGACCAGUGAGCAAACCAGGAGUGUCUCAAGGACCAAGUCUUCACCCUCCCUCGCUGCAUCUUCCUCCCCCUGUGCCCCCACCUCCUCCCUCUGAAGACCUCACUGCCCCAUCCCAUUCGCCCUACUCCCCUUCAGACAGCCUGAAGCCUGAACUCAUAUGUGGUGUGUGCCACCGGCUUUUCAGCACCGCGGCCUCCCUCACGGUCCACAUGAGGUUGCAUCGUGGCAGCCGUUCCCUCAACUGUUGCUACUGUGGCAAAGUUUUCAUCCACAGCAAGAGGUUGCAGUCUCAUGAGGCCUCCUGCCGAGUGGCAGACAUACCCUCCAACAGCUUGGGCCCUCCUACCCUCACCAUGCAGCCCAAAGAGGAGCCACUUGAGGAGGGAGAGGUGAGAGUGGAAGGAGGGGUGAUUGUAGCUCAAGCAGACAUAACUAAAGCACGUUCGGGAAAGAAAGCACAGAGUCUCUUGGCACGAAUCCAAAGCGAUGAUGCAGCAGCUGCAGAGCUACUAGCGGGUGAUGAGCACCAUUUUGUAAAGGUUGUAGAUGGCAAUGUCAUCUACUUCUGUUCUGUCUGCGAGCGCUCCUACAUGACCCUGUCCAGCCUCAAACGCCACUCCAAUGUACAUUCAUGGCGGCGCAAAUACCCCUGCCAUUACUGCGAUAAAGUUUUUGCUUUAGCCGAGUACCGCACAAAGCAUGAGGUGUGGCACACAGGGGAGCGGCGCUACCAGUGCAUCUUCUGUUGGGAUGCCUUUGCCACAUACUAUAAUCUGAAAACACAUCAGAAAACGAUACAUGGCAUUAAUCCCAGCCUCAUCUCCAGUGAAAAGACAGCUAAUGGAGGCUAUAAGCAGAAGGCAAAUGCCCUGAAACUCUACCGCCUUCUCCCAAUGCGCUCCCAAAAGAGACCAUAUAAGACUUACAACGACAGUUUGCAUAAUGAACUGCUGCAGCCAGGUGAAACACCACCUCUUCCUAUGCCUGGCUUGGACUGUGCUAUGGACUCUGGAGAUCUCUUGAGUCAUGCUCAGGCUGUUAAGAGUGACCCCGAUGACUUCAGCGACAGCUUCCAUGUCGCUGAACCUGCUGAGCAAAGUGACCACUCUGGAUUACCACAACUCUCUCAGACAGAUGUGUCUGCUCUUACAAAACAUGAUGGGGAAACUGAACAGGGCAGAACAGCCUUCCAAAGUCUCAGUCUACCUCAGCUGCCCCCACUGCGAUUAAAAGGCGACCCUGGACUAGUGGAAACGCAGCCGAGUGCGGGACAUGUGGCCGCUGGUUUUCGAGCUCCAGGAAGAGAGACAAACACGAGCUGA